CUCCCCCCCCUCUCUCUCUCUCUCUCGCCGCUCGCUCCCUCUCUCAUCCAGGCGGCGGCGGCAGUGGGCUGGGCGAGGACGCGCUACGCAGGGCGGAGGAGGCAGGCACGGGGCGGUUUUGGUGGCGGCGCCGGCUGUGAGGCGGGCCGGGCGAGGCGCUGCGGCACCCGCCCCCUGCCGCGCCGGCGCCGGGCUGGGGUGCCUUACGUGCCUCCGCCGCCUCCUAACCCUGUGCCCCGGCCCCGCUGCUCGCCGGCGCGCAGGCGCCGGCAGCAGUCUGCUACUGGCAGGGCUCGGGGCAGGCCUGCGGAUUACCCCGGCGGCCAGCGGGGUGCCCUGCAGGGUUCAGGUUGUAGCCAUGUCAACCUUAAUCAGAAUCGGAUAUAUUAUGGCCAGGGAGAAGUAGUUAAUGGGCCGUCAGGGGUUGAUUUAGGUCCGUUUCCUUAUAUCACCGUUGAUCAUCCGCACCCUGAGAGUGCGAGCAUAAGGGAUAUGAAGGAUUGGUUUAUAGCGAUGUUUCAACUAGAUGCAAAUCUGUGCUUGGUCAUGGUUCAAUGCCUGUCUAUUAUAGGCAUUAAUCCAAUCGUAUAUGAGCUUCUAGUUACAGAUCGAACAUAUAAGUGGAGGAAAUGGGUAGAGUGGUACAGGCGGUGCAAUGUUCCGUUAACUAUUUUGGUGCAGCCAUGUCCAAAAGAGGUGUUAUGUGAGGCAAGCUCAUCGCAGCCAGUUGAGAACGAGAGUGCCUGCUACGGUGAUGUGAAUGUGGAGCAAUUACAAAUUAGAGAGGAAGGUGGGACCGAAAGGGAGGAAAUUGAUGUUGAUGGUGUGGCUGAUGCUGGAGAAACAGUUGAAGGGAUUGUUGACGAUCUAGCAGCCAUUGACCGCAACGCCAUUGAAGAAGAGGAAAACCUGAAUAUGGAGGACGAUAUUGAUGACGAUGAAGAAGAAGAUGAUAACAUGGGCAGUCAGGCACCGAUUCCUGAGGAAUGGAAUAGUCCUGAUCAAUCGAUUAUAGAAGCUAUGGACAUGCACAAGUCUUCGUACCAAUAUAGUUGUAGCGUGAUUCAGCCGGGUCAAUUAUUUCCUAAUGAGCAAGAAUUGAAGGACACGGUUUUACGGUGGACGGUGAUGUCAUUAAGAGAGGUGUAUGAUAAGGUUUCAAGCCCAUCAAAAUACAGUGUCAAGUGCAGGGCCACGGGAUGCACAUUCUACGUACAUGCCCAUGUGCUGAAGAAUGAGAUCCAUUGGGUUGCCUCUAUCGUGCAGAAUCACAGCUGCAUGUUGCAGAACUUAGGUAAGAGGCAUCGUAACUUGACAACGUCUCUGAUUGCAAAUGAACUAUAUAGUGAGAUAAUUGAAAAGAGAGACAUGGAGUGCUCAUUCAUCCAGCGAUCAGUUUGUCGACAAUUCAAAUAUGACAUUACAUACCAGAAAGCUUGGCGGGCCAAAUAGAUUGCACUUGAGAAGCGUUGGGGCUCAUAUGAGGCCUCAUAUUGUAACCUGCCCCGUGUGCUUGACAUUUUGAAGGAAAGGAACCCUGGCACGUGCACUGCAUUCAAGGAAUCGGUCUACAAUGGAUAGGCAAAUGUGUUUAGACAUGCUUUCCUAUCUUUGAUCCCUUGCAUUGAGUCAUUCAAGCAUUGUCGACCGUUGCUUUGUGUGUAUGGGACGUUCUUGACGGGGAAGUAUACAGGUCAGAUACAAACUACUAUUGGAGUUGAUGCGAACCAGCAGAUACUCCCUUUGGCUUUCGCCUUUGUUGAGGGUGAGAACAAGAAAUGCUGGCUAUGGUUUCUCAGGCAUCUUAAGAUCGGUGUUGUGCAGGAUCGGCCAAAUGUUUGUCUCAUUCAUGAUCGGCUUGCGGGUUUAUUGUCAGCAAUUAAGUCAAUGCAAGAGAAUGCAGAUGAGCCGGCACCCUGGCCUGACCUGCAGAGUAGGUGGUGCAUGCGCCAUAUGGCUGCCAAUUUCUGCACAAAAUUUAGAAGCAAAAAACUGAAGGAUAUGUUCAAACUAUUGUGCUGCCAAAACCAGGAGGGCAAGUUUAAUGCACUGUGAAAGGAAUUAGAUAAGCUGACACAGGCUCAUGUCACUGAGAUGAGCAAGAAGCCCAUGACAGAUGACAACCCUGGGGUGACUCCUGGACUACCAGCACUCGGUGAAGGGCUAGAUGAUCCUAGCAUACGGUGGCGAGGGGGACGAUAGAUCAAGUGCUUCUCUCGCUGGAUAAAGGCGGAGCCCAAGGAGAAGUGGGCAUUACUCUUUGACACAUUGGGUGCUAGGUGAGUAAUUUAUGUAAUCCUAAAUUUCGUACUCCGUUUUGACGUGAUUAUCACUUCGUUUAUGUUAGGUGGGGCAUAAUGACCUCGAACCUAGCUGAGGUUUACAAUUGGGUGAUAAGAGGUUUGCGUGGUUGUCCUCUAGUAGGGAUUAUAGAAGGUAUGUUGUAUGGCAUCAUAAAAUACUAUCAAAAGUGUCAUGUAGAGGCAGUUCUUCAUAGCACUAAAGUGCAGACACCAUAUUGCAACAAGAUGUACAUAUGGAUGGAGAAAGCUGUUGCUAAGGCAUCGCAACAAAUAGUUAUUGCAAUGGGCACGCAUGACAACCAUUUUGAGAUAACUAUUAGCGCAAAAGGAGGAGUAGGAAGGGAGACAACCCUUGCAACUCAUCAAGUCAACCUCGGUCAACAAUUUAAUGGACAAGCGGAAUGCACCUGCAAUAAGCUAAUGCUUUUACAUGUUCCUUGCUCACAUGUGUUGGCUUCACUUGCGCAAGUUGGAGUUUCCAGUGGGGGAUGUAUCUCUACCUUUUACUUGAAGGAAAACGUGGAGCAGACAUGGAGUGGGAACUUUUAUGGAUUCAUGGCCUGUGGAGAUUUCUCUGUGUACAAUAAAGACCUGCCAAUAUGCCUUCCACCAAUGGACUUGCUACGUCACUCUCAUGACAGAGUGGGCUGUCGUCAGACAAGGCGUAUACGCAACGAUAUGGACGAAUCGGAGGCAGGAGGUCCAAUGAGACGCUGCAGGACUUGUGAACAGUUCAACCACAAAACAAUUGAUUAUCCAAGCAGUAGUUCUGACCCCGCAGACCUUCAGGGUGGAAGCACCUCAGAAAACCCGCGUGGAAGGGGCCGUGGAAGGGGUCGUGGGAGGGGUCGUAGCGGACGACAUCUAACGCUUGAGGACUACGACUAUGCUGUUUGACGAUUCUUGUAUAUUGGUGCCUUAGUGUGCACCCCGUCUUAUUUGUAAUAUGUAGUAUUGGACCAUUGUAUUGCGUAUUAGACCUGUAUCUGUUCGCUAUGUUCAAACAUAUUGUUCGACCUUUUCCUUCUUCGUACUAGUCAUGUACAAUAUUUGUAGAA